GGGGCUGUGGAGGUGUCGUGCGGGGCCGGCGGUGCGCUGCGUGUACGCCCCGCUGCUGAGAGCGAGUGGCUUACAUGCGGUGCGGGCAGCCGUGUGUCUGCAUGUGGGAAGUACGCAGACCUCUGCCGCCAGCGUACGGGUAGAGCAGCGGCAAGAACCACAACAAGGACAGCAAUCAUUGCUAAUACUCCUACUCCUACUGUUACUGUAAAGUCGGGGCGGGAGGAAUAUGAGAGGGAUGGUUGGGCUAAUUAUAAUAAUGAUACAUGGGGAAGUUGGGGUCGAAUGGAUGAUUUUCCGAUUACAUUACCGACAGAGCGAAAUAAGAAUUCACAACUUACUGCCAAUUCUCAGGGAAGGCGGACAGACACCCAAAAACCUGGGGAAGUACUGGUACAGGCACAUUCAGCUAUACCUGAUUCUCAACCCACUAAGCAGGCUGCUGCGAGCGAGGACCCGGCUCAAAAUCAUGUGGCGGACAACCGUUCACAGGAUAGAGCUGAGGAGAGGGGAUCAUCACCAUUGUCUCCCAAUUUACCUCUUCGUGAGUCAACUGAACCAAAAACAGAAGCUGUUACGACUACAACCCAAGCGCAAAAUCCCGCGUCUGGUGCGGUUACACAACGUAGUGAAGAGACAUCAGGCAACGCAGCUGAUAACAGUACACCUGCCGACUCUAAUGCUACACAGCAAUCUCCUGCAACUCUUGAUGCGACUGCCGCACCAGACUCACAAGAAAAUGGUAAUGUUGAUUCAAAUUCCACUACUCCACAGAGUCCCGAGAACACUACCACAGAAGCUCCAACCACCACUCCAUCUCCUGUUCCUGCACCCAACACAGAGAUCAGCAGCAUUACUUCCACUGUACAGAAGAACAAGGCUAAUGUUGACAGCAGUGUCAGUCCUAUGUGGAUGCGCACUGCAGCACCUCUACUGAUUGUGGUUGUGUUGUUCUCCGUUACCGUGUACUGA